AGACUACCUCAUAAAAUCAAGAUAAAAAGCACAGCAUUGUCAGUACUGAAGCAAAAUUGCACGCAAAAUAAAAUCGAAACUGAAAUGGCUGGUGGUUAUUCUGAUUGAAAGUCCAGCAAACAAAAUAGGGAAGAUUCGACUGAGCUCCAGGAAAAAUAUUACCGUUUAAUGGUAUAACGCCAGCUGCAACGUUUCGAAAUAGCGAAAUCGAAAAGCAAACCCUGCGGAACAAAAGUUCUUUAGCGGCUCGACGCAACGCAGCCAAACAAAAGAGCAAGAAAACUUUGCUGGACCAUUCAUCGGCGCAAAAAGAUACACCCGUACAGCCGUCGUGUCCUCCAAGUGAGCAAUAAACGUCGACGCACCAUCCAAGAAUAAACAUGAGCGCACAAUUGAAAGUCCCGGCGAUGGGCAAGAAGGCCGGCGCGCCGGUUGCCCUGAAGGCACUGAACAAACUGCGCCCCCUCCCGGCGCCGCAGAAGAAAAAAGCCGGUCUUGUCCCUCUGGAGGACAAUCUUAAACAAGAUAGUCCGGUCAAGACAUUCCUUUCCGAUGACCCUUUCGCGAACCCCUUUGGCUAUGGAGAUGCUCCUGAAGAUGACCGUCACUAACGUUCCACUUUGGGGCAGGAUGAAUUCUACUGCUAUUUGCACCGAAAAAGGAAAUUCCCCUAAAUUAGAAGCGCGCGAAAAUGAGUCGCGUCGUGUUCAUUUUUGUACUAGUGAUCAUGCAUAGAAGCAUUGUAACAAUGCAUUGUUUGUCGCCGCACGACAUCCAUGCUAGUUGGCACUUCUGUCUUGCACAGCGAUGUUGAACUCCUGGAAAAUAAACCAGAGGGACUAUGCAAAAGUAGAGUGCUAGUGAUGCGGUUCAUCCAUCUCCAUUCCAUAUUUUCGCGGCGGCGAGCAGUAAGGACAGCCUGGCGCAGGGUAACCAUGUCGGGUUUGACGGCGUAUCAAAUGUAAAAAUGUCUGGGUCUUGAAAAAUGCAACCUGUGAUGCUGCAUUUGAAUUCCAAAAACAUUUGUAUUGCAUGAGUACCAAAGGAAAGGCAAUUUUUGCUACGCUGAGAAGGCAUUUGUCAUGCGGAAUACGCAUCAAGAAGCCCUCAAAAGAUAUGUAUUGCUAGGGGAUGCAUCACAGACAUCAUGGCUCAUGCAAAACGUGCAUGACAAGUGUCAGAAUCUUCCAGACCCAGACAUUUUUACAGUUGAUACGGCGCCGAAAUGGACGAUAUGGCUAAGGAAUUGGACCUGGACUUGAACAAUCCCUUUACCUUUAUCACGAGGAAAAAUCCCCCCUCCCCAUAUCAAAAGGAGGUUUCUGAUGCUGGAUUUGCGUAUACAAAUCAGGUUUGUCUUGCAUUGGAGGACAGCAGGCUCCUGCCAAGCCUGAGCAGAGAGCUUUUGGCCUAGGCGAUUAGCAUGAGAAACGUCUAUGCUGUAAAGCAACAGCAUCACAAACCGCCUGCAUAAUGCGGCAGAGCCUGUGGAGUUGUCUUCUAGCAAGACAGACGCGAUUUGUGGUCUCAAAUCAGCAAGACAAAAACAUACCUACUCAAUAUGGCGAGGGGGGAUUUUUCUUCACAAUAACUUUUCCGGUGAACGACGCAAUCAUGCUGGACGACGAGGACGAUGUCGAUGGCGACGGGAACACGCCGAUGUAUGUAUUGGCUGCAAAAGCACUAUCGUAAACUCGUACUGAUUAUCGCAGUCAUUCCUGACAAAUUUCAGCUCCAACCACAGAUCAUAAGGUCGUGAGCCAGCAUUACAAAUUCAAAUUUUUCAACGUGAAAAGAUUUUUGGUGCAAUUUGUUUUUGUUUGUACCAUUUGAUAUACGAUACUUUUGCAAAAUGCAUAGUAUGGCGAAAAUAACGAUGACGUCGAAAUGUUGAUGGGGGGCAACAUGGACGACGAGAUUCCGGACGACCAAGAGUUCCCCACGACCUCUGCGGGCGCUAACAGCACCUCGGGUGCAGCGGGUUCAACUCCUGGCUCCGGCAGUUCUAUCGAGCCGCACCCGGACCAAAAACUGAUGACGGUCUCCAAGGUGAAACUGAUCGGGGACCAGCUUGCCGUGCUGGAAAACAAGGCGGAGAUUUCCCUGCCCAAAGACGUUCUCCUCCGGCCGGGCGAUUUGGUCGCGUACAAGCGGUCCGACGAGUUUGAUUUCCAGUCGACCAAUGCCGCGAACAGCAUUGUCUGGGGCCUGCUUCCCUCCUCGCUGCAGAGCAAGUUUAUCCGGAAGACGGGUGACAAAAACAGCGCGGACUUUGACGCCAACGGCAACCCGAACCUGAACUUCCUCUCGAAGCUCCAGUUUACCGACUUUCCCCACUGCGUCGCGCGCGUGUCCCGGUACGGAAGGGAGGGCAACGCGUUCUGCAAAUCGGACCAGUUGAAGGGUCCGGGCCGGCAGGAGAUCUAUGUAUUCCGGGCUAUGAUCGAGAACGCGCUCCCCAUUGGCACGCAGAUCGCCUUCGAUGUGCACGUCAGCAAGAAGAGCAACAAGGCGCAGGCGUCCGCCCCACUCUGGGUGCCGGUGGAAGCCUUGAGCGGCUUGGUGCAGGGCCGGAGCACCAGUCACACGGUGGGCGCGCUCCUGAACCAGACCGCGGGCCUGGGGUCGGCGGCGUUGAAACCCGGCGGAGGUGCGCUGAAAAAGCUGCCGGGGCAAAACCCGAUGGCGUCCGAAAAGACGACCGACGAGGUGCGCAUGGAGGCCAAGCAGAUCCUGGCCCCGUGGCACAACGACUUUGACUAUGAAAAAUAAACAGAACAAAUGUAGCGUCCACGCCCUUGGUUUGAUGUCAUGCAAAUGCAGCGACAGGCAGAAGCACACGGAGCUGUGGCUUGCUUCUGUGUUGACCACGCGGAGCUCGUAGUCAGCUUCAAGCGACUUGUCUCUUCAAACAAGAUGCACAAGAACUGCGUUCAUCUCACUUUAUUCCGCUAGUAAAAAUGGGUUUUGCGAACAACUGUUUCUCCGUCUUUGCGAACACAAGUUUCUACUUUCGAGGGUGCGAUGGAGGCUCCUGCAUGAUCUUUGCAUUGCAUAAUGACCCCAAUACCUGGAUGGUUGGGCAGAUUGGCGAACUGACGCCGGACGGCGACCACACGGUGAUAUACCCGGUCAAGUUGGACCAUCACGUCGAAGAGCCCAAAUACCAGAUGGUGUACGCCGAGAACCGAAUCCUGAACAAGUACGGGCUGAAGGCCAACGAGCUGGGGCUCGGCCAGUCGCUGAGCGCCACGCGGGGCAAGAUGAUCGCGUUCCAGAUCGGAUUCAACGAGGAUGGGCACCCGUUAUGCAAUUAGUAAAAAUUUAUUUUCCGUACAGACCUCCAUUACUUGAAACUCAAAGUCACAAAUUUUUCCAACUUCGACCAUGUUGCACAAGAUACCACUUGUGGUAAAAAUACCGAAUAGGAUUAGCGGAAAAUUUUGUCAUGGAGAUGAAUCUUCAGCAUUUCUUGAAGUGUAAGUAUGCCGCUUUGUUGAUGUACGGGAAGUUUUUAUUCGUGUCCAUACACGUUAGUCGCGGACGACAUUCCGGACAGCUCGGUGUGGGAACUGACGGAGUCGUUUCACAAAAACCAGCGGGCCUUCUUCGGCGAGCAGUGCCACAUUGGGAAGAUCAUCAACCUGUCCCCCGCCGGGAACGGGUUCGUGGAGUGCGAACCGAUGAAGAACGAGCACAAGCAGGACUGCUUCAUUCACUCCCGCAUCAUGGCGGCCUGCCAGUUGCAGGUCGAGGACGUGGUCAUGUUCAAAGUGCACGUCUCCAAGACUGGCACCCCCCAGGUGUCCGCCCCCUGCUGGCGGCUCUGCAACGAGGGGCAGGUGGAAAUGCGGAAGAAGUUUGGCACGAACAACAGGCCGGGCAACGUCUCGUCCGCGAACGCCGCGCGUGGAGGCGGCCACCCAUCUACAACUUCCGGGCAUCAACAGCUGUCGACGAACAAUAAUUAUUCUUCCCGUGGUCCUCGCGGAGAUGUGAUCGGGCCGCCGCCGGGGCGCGGAGGUGGUGGUGUGCGGGAACAGAAGACGCAUCGGGCGGCCGGGUAUGAUAUUAGUGGAGACCACAACCAUAAGUAUUCCUCGCCUUCCAUCAGUCAGAAAGUAUUGUCCGGGCUGUUGGACAGCCAGAAAGCUAACCCGGCGAAGAAAACUAACAGCAGUUUCAACAGCAUGAUCCCGACCGGCCAGAUGGUACACGGGAACGUGGACAUGGAGCACUUCGACGAGCACUGGAAUUCGACCUUCAAGCUGCAGGGCGUGGUGUCCGCGGUGGACGGGCAGUGGCUGGGUUUCGAAGACUGCCCGUUCGAGGGCGUGUUUACGAACGUGAACCGGGGCGGCAACGGGUUCAUCAAGCUCGACUUCAACCGCUCCAACGACCGAACCGGGUUGCUGGAGAAGCUGCAAAACAGUGACGACCGCGACGUCUACGUGCACGCGUCCGUCGUGCAGCGCUGCCAGUUGAUCAUUGGGGACCGGUGCCGCUUCAAGGUGCACGUGUCCGAGAGAACCGGGGUGGCGCAGUGCAGCGCGCCCGUGUGGGUGGCGCCGGAUAAGAGCGGAAUGAAGACCAGCGGGGGCGGGGGCCGCGAUCGGGGUGGAGGUGGUGGCUUUACGCACCGAGUGGCCGAUAUGAAUGACAGAUCUAGGGGUACAACGACCAAGGGCGACGGGAAGAAGGGCGGCAAGGGUGGAAAAAAAGGUGGUUCAUCUGGGAAGCAGGGCGGGGAACGCGACAGCUACCGGCGUGGUCCCUCACACGACGACAACCGCACGCAGCGCAGUCGGCCGUACUAGAUGAAGAGAGCGGGAACAAGAUAGAACGACAUGCAGUUUGUAGAUUCGCAGUGAAAUAAGUGAAAAGCGAACUACCGGGAGCACGAGGAAAAAUGAUAUGAGUGAAAACACAGCAGCACCAGCACGACGAAUGAUCAAGAUUAUCAUAGGAAAUACACUUGAUGGGGCCGAACAAUGAACCGUUUUCAACCCUCUACUUUUCAUCGACAUGUAGUUUCGCGCUAGGAGUACAACUUCUAGUUCGUUCACAACCCCGGAUGGAUGAACCGAUGGAUGAACAAAAAGCAACACAUGAUCAAUAAGCGAGCUUUUGCCUCCAGACGAGCUCUCGGAGGGCACCACAUCUUGGUUUAUUUUGGUUCUUCUCCAUGUGGUUUUGACAUUCACUUCCCACCCCUGUACAAGAAUAUUUAAGUACCUGUGCGUAUCACUACGUAAAUGAUAUUUUUG